CGCAUAAUCACGCGGUACAUUGCGUUCUAACACACAAUGAGCCGAAUGAUGAUAUUGCUGUUGGGAGCUGUGACUAUCGUUGCAGCCGAGGAGUUGGUGGCGGUCGUUCAUCUGACGCCACACGACGUUACCGUGAACAACGUCACGGGUAACCUGAAGAUCGUCCAGUCCGUCCCGAAUGGACCAGUCACUAUCACCGGAACGAUCCACGGUCUCGCAGAGGGACUUCACGGCUUCCACGUGCACGAGAAGGGAGAUCUGAUCAACGGCUGCACAUCCGCCGGGGCGCACUUCAACCCUGAGAACGUGACUCAUGGCGCGCCGGAAGACACGAUCAGACACGUCGGUGAUCUAGGAAAUAUCCAGGCGAAUUCCGACGGAGAGGCGGUGAUAAACAUCACCGACAAUAUCAUCUCCCUGAGCGGGCCGCACAACAUUAUAGGUCGGUCCAUAGUCGUUCACUCCGGCGAGGACGAUCUCGGCAAGGGCAACCACACUCUUUCCUUGACGACCGGGAAUUCCGGGGAUCGUUUGGCCUGCGGUGUUAUUGGCAUCCAGUAGGUUAUCUCUUCGCGAAUGUAUUUCCCUCUCGUGUUCGCUUCCUCCCCGCGUCAUCCGCCGCCAGUCAAGCAGUGCUUCGUUUCCGUUUCCUUGGCUUGCAACAGCUGCGCGUCUCAACCUGCGUAUUUGUAACGUCGGAAUCGCCAGAUUUCCGGCAACACGACGGACACCAAAUUCGUCGUGGCGCGUUAAUUUGCUUUUCGCUUGUUUGUCGACCAAACAUUCGCUCGUUCGUCGCGAUUUUGCCGCGUGAGCGCAUCGGACGGACGAGAUGAUAUGUUCCCGUUCGGCGUCAGCCGAGAAUGCCUUCCCCGGUGUUAAUGUGCCAUCCGGCAAUGUGAGUUAGGAUAUUAAUUAUUAUUGUCACAUCAUUGUUGUAAUUGCGUGUGUGGUGUCGCUUGUAAUCUCACCAUCGAUUGCGCGAAAAUACCCGAGAUCGCGCUCCAAAAUUGCACGCUUCAUUGUGUUCUGCACGUUACAGAAAAAUCUGAAGGGCACUUCCGAAGAAAAUGUCAGCCGUCGACGACGGGACGAGAGAGAAGGAUCGAUACACACCCACUCGUAGAACUGACUUAGAAAUACGCCCCGAUUAAAGUUGACUCGGUACUCUCGAGACGAUUGUUCUCCGCAAGCACUCUCCCUCCGUAAGAAUCGACGUCGCGCGAUUUCGCGCGAGACACUGUCGCUCCCAUGACAAAGCGAUAUAGCGAUUAACAGAAACAACGCACGAUGUAAACGCAUGUGAUAUGUAAUAUUCUCACUUCCCUUCGAGAUCUGUUACUUCGUAGUGUGUGUCCAUGCUUUGACACAUAUACUUGAUGAUACUUUUAACAAAAGUACAUUACUUCGUCCCUCUGUGUGCUCAUCCCUUCUUGCACUUUAUCCUGUAUCCGCUCGAUCGCUUUCCGUGGACGUGUAUGCGCAAGGAAGGAUUAGAUUGCGAGAUUGAAAUGGAAAAACAUACGGAGAGCGUGUGUAUGUAUGUAUGUGUGUAACGAAAAAAACGUUUCCAUUCGUAUAAAUUAUUUCACGAUCGUGCGUACCAACACUUUAGAUCUAGAUAAUACGUUAUGUAAUGUGUAUACUCCCAUGACAAUUACAAGUAGACUCGCGUAGCUAACUUGCUUCCUUCUCUCUGAAACUGUAUUUUCGUGCUAAUAAAGUGACUUAGUGAUUAAUAUUUCAUUAACUUACGAACUUCUUGUGAGACACGAAUAAAGUUGAGAGAGUUAA